GAUUCCAGCGCGGUGGAAAACUUUCUGAGAGAUGGAGCGGUCGCCGAGGCGCUGAGUUCUGCACUUUUAUUCGGGAUUUUAGCCACGAAACGGAGAUUCAGUUGGAAAAAACUUCGCUGCCUUCCACAUUCGUGCGGAUUUAAACUUUGGAGGCUCGGUUUUGGGGAACUUUUUGAGAGUUUAGUGCCGGAGAGAUGCCGCAGCUCGCUCGCCCUGUGAGCUCCGCGCUGCUUCUGCUGCUCCUCAGCGGAUUUACAGCCGUUACAGGAGACUCGGGCCGAACGGAACCGCAGCCGUGUCCGUCGGUGUGCUCGUGUACCGGGAAUCUGGCGGACUGUAGCGGAUUAAAGGCUGGGUGGACGGUGGAGCGGCUGCCCGCCAGGAUCACGCGUCUGGAUUUGAGCCAUAGUAAGUUGCGCGUGUUUCCUGAAGCGCUGUUCUCCAGCCUGCCGCAGCUCAGUGAAAUAAAGCUGAGCAACAAUGAGUUCGAGUCCAUCCCGGAUUUGGGCCAGAACGCUGGAAACCUCAGCAGUCUGAUUCUAGCGAAUAACCGGAUCGGCAGGGUCUCGCCAGAGCGACUCAGUCCACUUCUCUCACUGGAGACACUGGAUCUCAGUAACAACAACAUCGUGGAGGUUUACGCCGGAGCUUUUCCUCCCAUUCCCCUCAAAAACCUGUUUUUGAGUAAUAACCGUAUCUCCACACUGGAGCUCGGCUGCUUCAGUAACCUGUCCAGUUCACUGCUGGUGCUGAAACUCAACAAAAACCGUCUGAACUCCAUCCCGGCCAAGAUCUUCUCACUGCCACACCUGCAGCACCUAGAGCUGAGCAGGAACCGUCUGCGGCGUGUGGAGGGUCUGACGUUUCAGGGUCUGCACGGCCUGCGCUCGCUGAAGAUGCAGCGGAACGGCAUCAGCAGACUGAUGGACGGAGCCUUCUGGGGACUCAACAACAUGGAAGUGCUGCAGCUGGAGUUCAAUAACCUGACAGAGGUGAGUAAAGGCUGGCUAUACGGCCUCCUGACGCUGCAGCAGCUCCAUCUCUCACACAACUCCAUCAGCCGCAUCAAACCCGACGCCUGGGAGUUCUGCCAGAAACUCGCCGAGCUUGAUCUGAGCUGGAAUCAGUUGAGUCGUCUGGAGGAAGGCAGUUUUGUUGGUCUCAGUGUCCUGGAGCAGCUCCACAUCGGGAACAACCGGAUCAGUUUCAUCGCAGACGGAGUGUUUCGAGGCCUCGCAAACCUGCAGACGCUAGAUCUGAAGUUUAAUGAGAUUUCGUGGACCAUCGAGGACAUGAACGGCCCCUUCUCUGCUCUGGACAACCUCCGGAAACUCUUCCUCCAAGGGAAUCGCAUCCGAUCAGUCACCAGAAAGUCCUUCACUGGCCUGGAAAUGCUGGAGCAGUUAGAUUUGAGCAACAAUGCCAUCAUGUCUCUCCAGGCCAAUGCGUUCUCUCAGAUGAAGAAGCUGAGCGAGCUGCACCUGAACACCUCCAGCCUGCUGUGUGACUGCCAGCUGAAGUGGUUUUCUCUCUGGGUGGCAGAACAGGCCUUUCUGGCUCUGCUGAACGCCAGCUGUGCCCAUCCACAUCUGCUGAAGGGCAGGAGUGUCUUCAGCGUCGCCCAGGACGAGUUCGUGUGCGAUGAUUUCCCCAAACCGCAGAUCACGGUUCAGCCGGAGACCCAGUCGGCCAUCAAAGGCAGCAACGUGACAUUCGUGUGUUCGGCGGCGAGCUCCAGCGACUCCCCGAUGACCUUCGCCUGGAAGAAAGACAAUGAGCUGCUGAGUGAGCCGGAGAUCCAGAAUCAGGCCCAUGUGCGUGCUGCGGCCGGAGAGACGGGCGAGCUGACAGAGUACACCACCACACUACAGUUGCGGCGGGUGGAGUUCAGCAGCGAGGGACGGUAUCAGUGCGUCAUCUCCAACCAUUUCGGCUCCUCGUACUCCAGCAAAGCCAAACUCACCGUCAACAUGCUGCCGUUCUUCACCAAGACGCCGAUGGACCUGACGAUCCGCGCAGGGGCUACGGCACGUCUGGAGUGUGCAGCUAGCGGACACCCGUCUCCGCAGAUCGCCUGGCAGAAAGACGGAGGCACUGAUUUCCCUGCGGCGCGCGAGCGAAGGAUGCACGUCAUGCCCAGAGACGACGUGUUCUUCAUCGUAGAUGUGAAAACAGAAGACAUCGGCGUCUACAGCUGCACCGCGCAGAACACAGCUGGAGCUAUAUCUGCUAAUGCUACGUUAACGGUGCUCGAAACACCGUCAUUCCUGCGUCCGCUGCUGGACCGUGCUGUGGCGAAGGGUGAGACGGCGGUGCUGCAGUGUAUCGCGGGCGGCAGUCCUCCACCACGCCUCAACUGGACCAAAGACGACAGCCCCCUGCAGGCCACUGAGCGCCACUUCUUCGCUGCAGGAAAUCAGCUGCUGAUCAUUGUGGACGCGGCGGAGGCCGACGCCGGCACCUACACCUGUGAGAUGUCCAACCCGCUGGGCACCGAGCGCGGGAACCUGCGGCUCUCUGUCCUGCCCAACCCUAACUGUGAUCCAGGGUCGGCAGGUGGAGGGGCUGUGGGGGCUGCGGGGGGUGGACGAGGCUCCGAGGAGGACGGCUGGACCACUGUGGGCAUCGUCAUCAUCGCAGUGGUGUGCUGUGUAGUGGGAACAUCUCUGGUGUGGGUCGUGAUUAUUUACCACACACGCCGGCGCAACGAGGACUGCAGCGUCACCAACACAGAUGAGACUAAUCUCCCACCAGAUAUCCCCAGUUACCUGUCGUCUCAGGGCACGCUGGCGGAGCGACAGGACGGGUAUAUGCUGCCGUCUGAGAGCGGCAGCAGCCAUCAGUUCAUCAGCUCCUCCAUCGGGGGAUUUUACAUGCCGUCCAAAGACAUGAACAGCCUCUGUCAGCUGGACACUGGCAGUGAAGCGGAUCUAGAGGCUGCGAUCGACCCUCUGCUCUGCCAUUAUCAGGGGCCCGUCGGCUCUCUGCUGACCCCAGGAGCGCACUACAGCGCAGAGCUGCCUGACACGUACACUGUGUGUGUGUCGGAGCCGCGUCUCCUCUCAGACUCGUACAGCAGGAAGAGAGAUUUCUACACCUGCAGCUCCUCAUUGGAUCCCUGCGAUCACAUGAUGCUGCCGCACGACAUCACUUCCUGUGUGGACGACUGCGAGAUGGACCUGCCCCGCUCUGGGUCAUACAUGGGUACAUUUGGGAAAGCGGCUUGGUGUCCGGCACAGGAUCACAGCGCCGUCAUCCUCCAUGAGAACCCGUACGCAGCUCUACACACAGAGGAGGAGCUCACGCACACACACUCACACGCGCACAGCAGUGUUUACGAGCAGCCCUUUGACAGCCGGACGAUAGACAGCAAUCACACAGCACUGGGCUCCUAGCACACGCUCGCUCCACCAAAGAAACCCCUCUACCUCACAGAGAGCUGAAUGUAAAUGAGCAACGCUUGUACAGAGAAACUCUAUAUAUGCCUUUUAUACAGAUCUAUAUUUUGUAAAUGAAUCGUGUACAUAUGACCCCUCUGGUGUAAAUGUAGAGCGUCAGCGCUAUAGUGAAGCCGCUGGUCUGGUGAUGAGGUUUAUUCAGCUUUGGCUUUUGCUUGGAGCAAGUAAAGCACCGUUUGCACAAACUAUAGUACGCAAUAAACACUCCAUGAGCUGCUACA